UUCUUUCUCCGUAGCCAAUAAGCAUCGUUGAAAUACUUCAUGUUCAGACAUCAGGGGAAGUCCCAAAUAACUUGGUGAUUCCAUUUCUGCGAUUUCUGGUCUAUUUUCUAUCGAGUUGUUACAAAACGAAGAAAAUUACUUAUAUUUAUCCAACAUGGGCAUACGAGGCUUAAGUAGAUUCAUUGAAGAAAACGAUGUAUGCCAAUCGUUUAAGUUAACGAAUACACAAGUGAUUAUAGAUGGAUGUAGUCUCAUUCAUCAUAUAUACACUCGCAAUGAGACUAACUGCAUUUUUGGAGGAGACUACGACAAAUUCGCUACUGAUGUGCAGAAUUACUUUUCCAUUCUAAAACAGUGCCAAAUCUCGCCAGUCGUUAUUUUCGAUGGAGGUCACACUGAUGUUAAAAUAGAUAUGCGUUUACAAAGACAACAACGUCGCAUUGAAGAAAUAAAAACUCUUCUCAGAGAUAAGGAUGGAAAGAUUAAAGUACUUCCAGUAAAUUCUUAUGUAGUUUUCAAGAACAUACUUUCAGAAAUGGAUGUAUUGUAUGUUCAAUGUGAUUACGAAGGGGACGCCCAAACAGCCAGCGUUGCUACACACUAUAAAUGCCCAAUUCUUAGCGAAGAUAGUGACUUUUAUAUUUAUGAUUUACCCUAUGGAUUUAUUAAGUUAUCUCAUAUUGAUAAUGCUGUCAAAGUCGAAACUCUUCGGGAUGGUUCACAGAAAAAAUAUUUAUUGUGUAAAAUUUUUUAUUUGGGCACAUUAUUAUGUAAAUUUCCUUUAAAAGAUAAAACAAUGAUUUCUUUGGUAGCGACUUUAGCUGGUAAUGAUUACGUAUCUGCUUAUGACCAUUUGAGACAAUUUUAUUUCUCUAUUAAUGUUCGUUUUAGAGAUAGGUUUCAGGGCCUUUUCUUGUGGCUGCGCAACCAAACGUUUACCGAGGCGAAAUCGAAAGUUUUUAACUUUGUAGGAAGCGACAUCAAAAACUUAAUCGAAAAAUCCAUAUCCGAUUACGAUAUCAAACCGACUAACAUGAUUCAUAUUUUAAAUGCAGUUCUCCAUGAUAACUCGGAGCAUCUUAUUGUAAGUCAAUCCGCACUGAUCAUGCCCUGUGGAGAAACAUUUCCAGGUGAGUUUAAAAUAGCCUUUCACAAAGGUCUGCUUACCACUUUACCAUUAAAUAUUAUCACCUCCAAACGCAAUACUUUGCAUCCUCAAAUCGAAGACUUUUCUAAAGCAUCUACUUUCACGUGUUCUCGUUAUAUUCGAAAAGUAAUUUAUGGCAUAGUUUUGCGGCAUGGAUCACAAAACUCGAAACGGCAUGCCGAAACUUGUCUUCGUCAUAUCAUAGAAUAUGAACCUGCAACCUCCGCUACGCAGCCGAUUUUUGUCGAGUUUCUCUCUCAAUUGGAAAAUGGCACAGAAGUUCCUAAUUUGAAAAAUAUAUAUAGAAUACAAAAAGAUGGACUGCAAAAUUUCAUGUGCAGUGUAUUGGGUCUGGAUCGAAAUUUUUUUUCGGAUAUUAACAGCGAUUUACACUUAUUGUUUGGAUGUAUACAUUAUUGGCUUUUGCACAGUUCUCCCAAACCAUCAAAAGCAUUUUUGUCUUCUUUAAUGCUUUCUAUAAUGUAUUUGCAAAUAAAUUCGAGUACCUGUAUCUCUCAAGCAAUAAUUAAAUUAGUGUCAGAAAACUUUAAAAUAUAUUUGCAGAAGCCUGUUUUAAACUCGAUAAACCCGUUUGAUAUCAGCAUUGUUCAUAGCUAUAGUCAACUUCAGGCCUGUAUCCAUGAUAUUAGUGCUUUGAAUAGAUUGCUAAACUUACCUUUUAAAACCCCACCAUUGCACAAGCUUUUAAACGGGACAAUGCUUUAUAACCUAACAAAUCUACUUCAAUCAAAACCGAACGCCGAAUCAGUCAUCAGAUGUUUAUUGGGAAGAACAUCUGUUAUAGAAAUGUAUGAAGGAUUUAUGCACAAAUUUGCAUAAAUUAGAAUACAUUUUUUGUGUAAAUUAUAAUAAAUUUAAACAACAUUUAUCUUGAAUAUUGAGAAGUGUUAUCAAAAAUUUUUCUGUAUUGCAGAAUACAGAGAAAAGUUUUGAGAGUUUAAAGGUGUAUUAUUUAAAUACACAGCGGUAUUAACUGGAAUAGUAUGAACAAUUUUUCUUUAUAAAAACCCUAAAGUUAAACAUCUAUUUCAGUAAAAUAGUUCUCAUUUUUUCUGUAUAACUUAUAGUUUUAAAAUGCUUAUAUUUUGUUUCGAAAUUUAUGUUGUGAUUCCAUGGCAAUGAUCAUACUGACUUUCCAUCUAUUUUUUCAUACUGUUUUUUUUUUUUAUGUAUUAAUCAGUUCAUUAUUUCUUAUGUUUCGUUAUUGUGUAACUAUUCCCAUGGAAAUUAGUAUUUUUCUGCGUUUUCAUAUUUUUUGUAGUUGUAUCAAGUGCUAUGAAUGUUCCUAUUUAGCAGUGAUAAUAUAUUUCUGAGGCUAUCGUUAAUAUUAUUCAUAGUUAAAUAAAAUAUUUUUGGUGAAA